UAGUGGCAGGGAGAAGGACUCUGGGAGGUCAGGGGAGUCUGGGAAAGGAGAGAGAAGACUGCAGACCUAGAGGGAGGGAGAACAAGGUCAGAAGGAAGAAGAGAACAGAGGAGGGCACACAGACGCAGAGGAAGAGAAAGGGCAAAAAGAAGGAAACUUGGGUGGGAAGAAGACACGCAGGAGAAAGAAGGAGCAGGGCAGAGAUGAAGUUCCAGGGGUCCCUGACCUGCCUCCUGCUGGCCCUGUGCCUGGGCAGUGGGGAGGCUGGCCCAUUGGUGAGCGGAGGGGGCAGCGCCGAAGUCGGUGCCGGGGUGGGAGAAGCCAUUGGCCAUAGAAUCGGGGAGGCCAUUGGCCAAGGGGUUGGCGAGGCCAUCCAUGAGGGGAUUGGGGAAGCAACCCAUGCUCUUGGAAAGACUGGGAGUGAGGCUGGCAGACAGGCUGAGGAUAUCAUUCGACAUGGAAUAGAUGCUGCCCACAGCUCGUGGCAGGGAAAGCCUGGCAACAGUGGUGCUUGGGGAAACAAUGGCCAGCCUCAUGGAGGCCAUGGCAUCUCUGGCCCGCAGGGUGGCCUCGGAGCUCACAGCCAGGGCAAUCCUGGAGGCCCAGGGACUGCCUGGGAUCAUGUGUACUCUGGAGGCUCAGGUGGCAGCUUUGGAACCAACUCUCAGGGGAGCUCCUGGGGCCAAGGAGGCAAUGGAGAAUCGCAUAACUUUGGGACCAACACUCAGGGAGCUGUGGCCCAACCUGGUUAUGGCUCAAUGAGGGGCAACAACAACCCAAAUAUAGAGUGCACCAACGCCCCGCCAUCUGGCCCAAGUGGAAGCUCUAGCAACUCCUGGGGAAGCAGCGGCAGCAGUGGCAGCAGCGGCAGCAACAGUGGUGGCAGCGGCAGUAACAGUGGUGGCAGCGGCAGCAACAGUGGUGGCAGCGGCAGCAACAGUGGUGGCAGUGGCGGCAGAGGCAGUAGUGGCAACAGUGGCGACAGCGGCAGCGGCGGCAGAGGCAGUAGUGGCAACAAUGGCGUCAAUUCUGGAGGCAACUGGGACUACAAUCCCAGCUAUUCCUCGGGUAGCAGAGGUGGAAGUGGUGGUGGAUAUAAACCGGAGGUGAGUAAUGGGGGGAAUGAAGUCCGAGGGUCCGGAGGCUCUGGGAGUCAGGAAAUAAGCAGGGAAGGCAGUCGCCUCAUUGGGGGCUCCCAAGGCAAUUAUCAGGGGCAAGGGUCCGGUGGGGAAGGUGAGGCAGUCGGUGGAAUCAAUAACUUGAACACCGAGACAUCUCCUGGACUCUUGAAGUUGGACGCUUUCUGGAAGAACUUGAAAUCCAAGCUGGGUUUCAUUAACUGGGAUGCCAUAAACAAGGGUCAAAUCCCGGCCCCCAGCACUCGAGCCCUGCUCUACUUCAGCCGACUCUGGGAGGAUUUUAAACACAACACUCCCUUCUUGAACUGGAAAGCAAUUAUUGAGGGUCCCAGUGAGUCAUCACUCCAGAAGAGAUCAGGCAAUGCUGGUCAGCCUGGUGUAGGAUGGCAAGAGGUAGCACCUGUAACUUCUAAGAACUACAAUUAUAACCAGCAGGCGUAUCCUACUGCCUCUGGUGGGCAGUACUCAGCCAAGCUCCCCGCUAAGGGUAGAGUCACGAUUUCUUCCUCGGCUUCCCGGGCUCAACCUGGUCUGCUGCAGUGGAUGAAGUUUUGGUAGAAAAUUACUUCCAAUAACGACGGAGGCCCUGAAAAAUGUCAGUUGUCAAGGAGCCCGACUGCGCCCCUCCCCCAGCUCUUCGUCUGUGCCAGGCCUGCUGUGGGUGCUGACACCUUUUUCUAGGUUGGGGACCUGGUUUAUCUGUCCCUUGUUGCUUCCCAGCCCAUGUGGUGCUUCCUUGACCACCAGUCACAUUAGAAAACCAGCCACUUUCUUUGUUUACUCCGUUUGUGACCUGAAGUUACUGUGACAAUUCUUCAGGAGGAGCUUCCUACUUUUGAGUUUCUCUGUGGAAUAAAAAAGUUUCCCUAAGA